GCGCCGAAUCACAGGAGGCGACGGAGGGGACUUUCGCCAAGGUGGCUGCUGGGAGCUGUAGUAUUAGAGCGGUGAGGCGAGGGGGAGGCGGAGUGACUCGGCGGCCAUUACUUGUGUGGAGCUGCCCGGGACCGGGAGCCCAAGCUAAGAGGGAGGCCUUAAUCUUGUAGGGACGCAACCCCAGCCAUGGGCUCCCGCCGAGGCUAGGCCUCGGAGAGCGGAGCAGGCGGGUCCUCCCGCCUCCUGUCCCGCCCCGCCUCGCGGUGGGGCCCGCUAGGCCUCUGUGUGUCCCCGGCCUCGAUUAGGCCGCUCCUUCCGGCAAGGGCACCCCGGAGGCGGGAGGGCAGCGCCAUGUCUCUAGUCGCCUACGCCAGCAGCGAAGAGAGCGAGCCGGAUGAAGCGGAACCCGAGGAGGAGGCGGCCGCCUCUGCCCCGGCUGCUGGACCCAGCCUGGGAGGCCUCUUCGCCUCCCUCCCCCCACCCAAGGGUCCUGCCCUGCUGCCCCCACCUCCCCAGCUGCUGCCCCCGGCCUUUCCCCCGCCGCUGCUGCUCCCCCCGCCGCCGGCCGGAGACCCCCGGCUGCAGCCCCCGCCCCCGCUGCCCUUCGGCCUGGGGGGCUUCCCUCCGCCCCCGGGCCUUAGUUUGGCCGAGGCUGCGGGGGUGGGCGAGGGACUGGGGCUCGGGCUGCCCCUACCGCGGGCCCCAAGCCUCAACCUGCCCCCUCCGAUCGGCGGCGCCGGGCCCCCUCUGGGGCUCCCCAAGCCAAAGAAGAGGACUGCGGAGCCGGUGCGGAUCGCGGCCCCCGAGCUGCACCUGGGAGAUUCAGAUUCAGAGGAAGAUGAACCUACAAAGAAGAAAACUGUUCUUCAGGGAUCUGGUGAAGGAACAGGUUUAUCAGCUUUGCUUCCCCAGCCCAAAAACCUGACUACAAAAGAGACUAACCGAUUGCUCCUACCCUACGCUUUCUCCCGAAAACCCACUGAUGGCUCUGCUGAUAACAAGGUCUCCAAACCAGCCCCCAAGACCAAAUCUGCUUCUUCUGCUUCCUCCUCUGCCCCUGUUGUGGGUGCAACCACUACUACCCCAUCGCCCUCAGCCAUCAAAGCAGCUGCCAAGAGUGCCGCCUUACAGGUGACAAAGCAGAUCACACAAGAGGAGGAUGACAGCGAUGAGGAAGUAGCCCCUGAGAACUUCUUCUCCCUUCCAGACAAGGCUGAGCCUCCUGGAGCUGAGCCAUACCCUUACCCUGUCCCUGCUGCUUCUGAAGAGCCACCCCCAGGCACAGAGCCAGAUCCUACCUUCCAGGACGAUGCAGCCAAUGCUCCCCUUGAAUUCAAGAUGGUGGCUGGUUCAAGUGGGGCUCCCUGGGUGCCUAAGCCUGGGGAGGACUACAGCAGUCAGCCCUACAACCAGUUCCCUACAUAUGGUGACGCUAAUGCCACUGGCGCUUACUAUCAGGAUUAUUACAGUAGUGGCUACUACCCUGAGUCUGAUCCAGCCUUAGUUCCUCCCCAGGAGAUUACCCCAGACGCCUCUUUCAUUGAUGAUGAAGCGUUCAAGCGACUUCAGGGCAAGAGGAACCGGGGAAGAGAAGAAAUUAAUUUUGUGGAGAUCAAAGGAGAUGACCAGCUCAGUGGGGCCCAGCAGUGGAUGACCAAGUCCUUGACGGAAGAAAAAACCAUGAAGUCAUUCAGUAAGAAGAAGGGUGAGCAGCCGACCGGCCAGCAGAGGCGAAAACACCAAAUCACAUAUCUGAUUCACCAGGCUAAAGAGCGAGAAUUGGAGCUGAAGAAUACCUGGUCAGAGAACAAGCUCAGUCGUCGGCAGACCCAAGCCAAAUAUGGAUUCUAGGCUUCUGGAACUGAUCCCAUCUUCCCCUUUACCCAGUACCAGGUGGCCUGGCCUUGCCCUUUCCAGCUAACAUCUUUGGGAGCCCCAGAAGCUCCAAGUCCAGGACCUUCUUCCUUAGGGCCCCAGCCAUCACUUCCUUGAGAAGGAACACAAUGGAUUUCAUUUUCUUAAUAAAACUUAGAAAAUGCAGCUUCCAUAUCUCUUGGAGCCACAAAGACUCCUGAGUGACUCUUCCAGAAACAACUGUUGAAUUCUAGGUUGGGAACUUAGCUCCCUAACAGGGUGAGAUGACUGGUUGAAUUCUGGAUUUUGUUUUUGUUUUGUUUUUGUUUUUUGUUUUUGUUUUUUAAACAAAAACAAAGAUGUCUGUUGAAAUAAAACAUCCAUCCUGACAGAAGCUGCUUACCCUGCACCCUUCCUCCUCUUCUGCUGUGGUUUCCUUUCUCUGAACCACACCUCUUUAUUUGUUGUUCUUUGCCCCUGAUUUGUUUGUACCUCAUGUAAAGUACUCUGUGAUAACUUCCUGGGCUGCUCCUUGUUGAGUGCUUCUCUUUUCUCCUAAGAGAAAAGCCUAAGCCAUCUAAGGAGGCAUUUUUGAUGGCUAAAAGAAGGUUCAAGGAGAGGUCAGGAGCAUGACUUACUACUUGCCAUUCUAAACCCUGCAACCUGAGAAGUUAAAUAUAAAGGAAGGUACCAUCUGACCUUUAAAGAUUUGAAUUCUGGGAGCAAAUGAGAUGUUGGAUUCUUAAUGAUUAAAAUAAGGAUCAGUGUAGUUUUAGCCUGGAGUCAAUUUGACCAGAUAGUUUGAAGGCAGGGGGCUGGAUCAAAUAACUUUGGAGGUCUUUUUAUACUAGUAACUUAUAAUUUCCCAGUCCUGAAAGAAACACAGCAGGUCCCUAGACUCCACUUUGCUUCUUGCUAAACUAUGUUGUGGGACUGUUAGCAGUGCCUUAGGUACAAUGAAGUAGAUAUUGUACAAUCCUUAGGUAUUUACAAUUCAGUUGGGAAUCAAGAUGCUACAGUAGAUAUUUAUAUAAACACUUGGGAUAAUUGUGUGCAAAAAUGUGCACUAGUACAGAAAGAUGUUCUGUAUGAAGGCAAUUGGAAUCCCAUCUGGAAGAAAGGAGCAGAGGAAGGAAGGCUCAAGCACAGGACAAGAUUUUUUCCUGUAAGUCAUAAGGAGUUACUGUUCCUUGAGCAGGCAGAGGUAGGACUGAAUGAUUCUUGGGGCAAUAUCACACAGUUGAGGAGAGGUCAGGAGAAUAGUAAAGAGAUGUGUAAUGAGCCUGUGAAAAUGGAUAGGUCAGGAUUCAGGCAAAUGCUCUGUGAUACCCCUGACUGCCUGGGUAAGUUAGGAGUCUGUUUCUUAUUAAGUAUAAGGGAGAGUUCAUUUACAGGAAAGCCAUGGGUUUAUCUGAAACCUGACCUACUUCAAGUUGGAGCUAGACAGGUUCAUAGUGGUCCGAAAGGGACACUCAGCCUCUGUCUACCUGGCAGUCAUUUCAUCCAUUUGCAGUGUCGAGUAUACAGUCCCUAUGCAAGAAAGAAGAGGUGACUGGGCAGCAAAGGCUGGGGGACUGCAAAAUGAUCCAAUUUUUGUAUAGAAGCCUUCACAAUUAUAUGGUACUAUCCAGCUUCAAUUAUUUUUUUAACCUAAUGUGUUACAGACUCAACCAAAUGGAGUCUUUUAAUUCCUGAAUUAUCACUCUUAAGGCAGCAGGUUGGAGUAGUGGAAGAAACCCUGAAUGGGGAGUUAAGGAUCUGGUUUUAAAUCUUGGCUCUGUCAUUUAAUAUGAUCUCACACUUUUAUAGCGUUUAUAUAUGGUUUCUCAUUAUUAUUCUGAUUUCACAAGUGAACAAAUAAACCGAAAGGUAAAGGGACUUACCUUGAGAAGUAAAGGCUAUUUAGAUGCCAUAAUGACUUGGGUAGGUCAUUUGACUUCUGCCUCAGUUUCUUCGUUUUUGAAAGAUCAAAUGGCUUCCACUAUUCCUUCUAGCUCUAAGUUUAAGAAUACAAUAAUAGCUUUUGUGUUGACUUGAUAGUUGAGUCUUUAAGUCCCAUGAAAGACAGUGCUGUGGUAGCAGCAUAGUAUGCAUAAUAAAACUAACUCAGUUUCAGGAAACUUGAGGGAAAAUAGAAAAAACCAACAUCCUGUUGGCUGAAACGUAAGAAUAUUGAGUUGAAAUUUGGGAAUAAUGAACUUAAAUGUGAAAACAUUAGUCUUGGCAAAUUGGGCUUGAAAAUGGGCAGAAUUUUUGGGAGCAGUUUUUUGACACAUGAAAAUGUGGGCAGAAAGGCAUUGUAAUGGAGAAUCUUUUUUUCACAGUAUAUGAAUUUACUAGAGCAGGCAUAAUGGAGGAAGGCAAUUGUGAUGUUAAGGGAAAAGCUUGGGCUGCGGUUGGCAAGAACUAGUGGAAGACAUUUUUGUUCAUUUUUGUUAGAAACUUGUAUUUGGUUCCAAAAGUAGGGAGGAGUUUUGGAAUUGCAAAAGCCAAAGUGAAGAUACUAAGGAAAAAUAGAAGAAAAGGCAGACCAAAAAGCAGCCAGUGGUUUAUGUUGCAGUUUCUCUUGGGAAAUGAUCCCUUGGAGUCAAGCAGAGAUGACAAAGAUUCCUUCGCCAUCCUAAGAGGAUGCUUGAAGGAGAGGGGCCCUAGUUUGGUACUCAGACAAGUAGAGUAAUUGGAAAUUUGGGGAAAAUAACUCCCAAGAAGAAGAAAAAAAAUCCUCAGGAAGUAAUGAAAGGACCCUAUUAGUUAUAGUCCUAGUGGGGAUUGUUAAAGUUGAAGACUGGGACCAAGAUGACAGUCAGUGGUGGGGAUGGUGAAGAAUUUACUGAUGACAACCUUUGUGUAGUUUCACUCUUGUGAUUUCUCUGCUCUUUUUUAAAAAGUCUAUUUCCCUUAUUUUUCUUUCUACUCCUUUGCCCUACUCCCAGCCUUUCCCAUCUGAACAAAAAUGUCUCAUCUUGAAAUUAUUCUUGGUUGGGGCAACUAGAUGGUGCAGUGGAUAGAGCACUGGCCCUGGAGUCCAGAGGACCUGAGUUCAACUCUAGUAUCAGAUACUUAACAUUGUGUUAAAUCCAGCUGCCUUGCCAAAAAAA